AUGGCUACGACCACUGGCGCAUUCAUCGCGGGCGGCCUCGCAGCAUGCGGUGCCGUGACCGCGACACACCCAUUCGAGACCGUCAAGAUUCGACUGCAACUCCAGGGAGAAUUGCAAUCCAAAGAUGUGGCAGUCAAAAGUUACAGAGGGGUUUUUCACGGCGUUGGAGUCAUUCUAAAAAAUGAAGGCGUGAGAGGAAUAUACCGAGGCAUCGGAAGCGCAUAUAUCUACCAGAUUCUUUUGAAUGGCUGCCGUUUAGGCUUCUACGAGCCGCUCAGAGCAGCUUGCACGAAGCUGAUCUUCAAAGAUCCCAAUGUCCAGUCACUCGGCGUGAACAUUUUUUCCGGAGCCGCCUCUGGUAUACUUGGAGCCAUGGCCGGUUCUCCCUUCUUCCUGGUCAAGACUCGGUUACAAUCAUAUUCGCCAUUCCUCCCCGUCGGGACUCAGCACAAGUAUCGAAAUUCGAUCGACGGCCUGACUCAGAUCUACAAGUCAGAGGGCAUCACUGGUUUAUAUCGAGGCAUGGGUGCUUCUAUGGUUAGGACCGGUGCCGGGAGCUCUGUUCAGCUGCCCACAUAUUUCUUCGCAAAGCGGAGAUUGAUACGGCAUGCUGGCAUGGAAGACGGGCCAGCGUUACAUCUCUUGAGCUCAACGGCUAGCGGUUUCGUUGUCUGCUGUGUGAUGCAUCCUCCGGACACUGUGAUGGCCAGAUUGUAUAACCAGCACGGGAAUCUGUAUAGCGGCAUUUUUGACUGCUUAUGGAAGACCAUCUCGACCGAAGGAGUGCUCAGCGUCUACAAAGGAUUUACUGCUCAUCUGGCUCGGAUAUUACCCCACACUAUCCUUACCCUUACUCUAGCAGAGCAGACGAACAAGUUGAUACGGGGGGUUGAGACCAGGAUUUUGCCGAAGUCUAUAACAGAAAAGCUUUGA